UUUGCCCUCGUUACAAAUCGGAAUGACCUUGUUCCGUCGCGCUCUUUCUCGCUCGACUCCGAGCCCAAGUCGCCAUUGACGACGCUUCCCUGAAGCUUCCGCAUCCGAGCGUUAGGGUUCCGUUCCGAUCCGGAAAAAUGUUGUUUUUGUAGAAAGCAAGAGGAAGGAAAAGAAAAUAAAAGGUCACUGCGACGAUGCGGCCUUCUUCGGGAGGAAUCAACAUCGCCGCCAGUGCUCAGAAACUCGAUGUCGAUAAUCGGAUUUCCCUCCGUUACUACUACCGUAUCGCUGAUAAUAUCCUCAAACAGGCUGACAUAUUUCGAGAAGAGAAGAACAUUAUAGAUCUCUAUAUUAUGCUUCUAAGGUUUUCAAGUUUAACUUCUGAGACUAUACCAUGCCAUCGUGAUUAUAAGGCAUCUCUACAAAGCAAAAAGAAUUAUUUGAAGAAGAACUUAUUGAGAGCCCUGUGUGAGUUGGAGGAAUUGAAGCCAGCCGUGCGACAGAAGAUUGAUGAAUUGAACCAGAAACAUACAUAUCAAGUAAACAGAUGGGGUGCUGAUUCCUCACUGGAAUGGCCUCAUGUUAGGAAACAAACUUUGACGAAACAUGAGAUGACAAAGACACCACGACCCACUGCUCGAGAUUUUGAAUAUCAAGGUUCAAAGAUUCAGCAGUUCUCGCGAGCCAAGCCAGUGGAAGAGCAAUUCCGCAGACUAUCUGUUGGUAUCCUGCGCCCAAGGGAGGAAACUCUAUCCAGACACUCUAUUUUGGGUCCAAAUGGACUUCAUGGGCAGUGGCAGCCACCUACCAUUGAUAAAAGGGUCCAAUAUCCAAGCAAUUUAGAUUUGACUCCAGUUCAAUUUCCAAGUCUGCAGCAUCAUGUGGAGGAUGGACUUAUGAAUAACAAUGAAGCUAGCAGCUCAGAACAUGAGCAAUCUAGUUUGGAAUCAGUCCUUACACUGAACGAGGAUAAUCAGAUUCAUCCUGCUGAGGAACUGGGUUCCUUGAUUUCUUUUGAAACCACAGAAACUCCUCAUACAGAGAUUAUCAGACAGCCUUCUCCUCCACCUGUUCUGGCAGACGUACAAGAUUUGAUCCCAGAGACUCCCACCCAAGUUAGUGAGGUAAAUGGCCAAAUGGAGACCCCAUCAACGGAUGGGUUAGUUUGUUCUGAAGCUCCCCUCGAAAUGCACAUUUCAACUGUAUUGAUGGAAAGCUUCUUGAAGCUUGCUAAGUCGAACACUGUCAGGAAUUUGGAAACUUGUGGUAUCCUUGCAGGUUCACUUAAGAACAGAAAAUUUUAUGUCACAGCUCUCAUUAUUCCGAAGCAGGAGUCAACAUCAGAUUCAUGUCAGACCACAAAUGAAGAGGAAAUUUUUGAAGUGCAGGAUAAGCAAUCCCUCUUCCCUCUUGGGUGGAUACAUACUCAUCCUACCCAGUCGUGUUUCAUGUCUUCUGUUGAUCUUCAUACCCAUUACUCAUAUCAGACUAUGCUACCGGAAGCCAUAGCAAUUGUCAUGGCACCAAAGGAUGCUUCAAAAAAGCAUGGCAUUUUCCGCCUGACAACUCCAGGUGGCAUGUCAGUCAUAAGACACUGCGACCAACGUGGCUUUCAUCCACAUCAUUCUCCUUCGGAUGGUGGGCCCAUCUACAAAAGCUGUACAGAUGUUUAUAUGAAUCCCAAUAUACAUUUUGAUGUCAUUGAUCUUCGGUGAUAACAAUUGCAAUGCUUGGGCGAGAAAUGAUCCACUCGUCCACCUUGCAUAUACGACUCAGUUUUUUUCACUGUUUAGCCUGUAAAAUGUUUAAGUACUUGUGUUCCAAAGACUGAAGGAAAAUUUUCCAGUUGACUCUACUAUCCUCUGCUGCCAUUGUUGGAACUGCAGCUUGCUUGCAUCUGGAAAUAAUUGAUACAUUGUGCUACUUGUAUACAUGAAGCUUUUUUUUUUUU